AACCAUUCAUCCAACAGUUAGUGUUCUCACUCCAUACUGACUUAACCAAGAUGAUAGGCCUUAACAAUUUGUGUAAGCUCUUUCUAGUUGUGGCUCUCGGGUUCUUUGCCACAGCUACCUCUACUGAUGUAGCCCAAGAUCAACCCACUCAGGAAGCAUUGGUUAGCAAGGAGGACGAAGUUGCCACUGAACCUCAAGAGGUGCCAAUACCAACGAAGGCUGAGACUAAAAAACAAACUGAAACAUCAAAACGAAACAUGAAGUUUGUUGAAUGGCUUCUAUUAUCCGAGCCAGAAAACAGAAAACAACUUCGUGAGAGGCUACCAAGGGAUUUGGCUGCAAUGGUUCCAGAGGAGUAUGACGAACCAAUAAAACCUUUUAUAGAAAAGAAAAUUAGAACGUUUUUCUCAUUCAGUGUGCAAAAGCAAGGUUCAAUGAUUUUAGAUUCAUAUGGUCGCAAUUUCUGAAUCAACAAUC